GUUGCCAAAAAAAUUCAAUUUUUCUUAGGCAUACAUCCGGACAAUUGAUCAGGAUCUCAUAUAACAUGUUUCUAUAAAGAAAAAAUUUUGAUUCCGCCACUUUGAAAAGUUUUAUAAACGAAAGGACUACAUUGCUUCCUCCACGAGGAAGCGAAAAUAUUUGAAUUUCGCGCAUUUCCUGUUUUACCUACCGUAAGUAUGAAAUAAGCGCCAUUUAUAGAAAUGUCAUAUUUCUGUGAGUAAAUAUGGCAUGGCGUUAAAAAAUUUGUUGUUAAGUUUUGUUUACAAAAUUUUUAGUCAAUAAUGUAAUACACUAUUUCAAAUAAAGAUUAUUUAAAAGUAACUAAAAAUUGCAAGAAAGGAAAAAAUUCAAGUAUGUCUUACGAGAGCAUAAUAUAGUCUAAUAUUUUCUUGCCACACCCAUAAUAUUCUAUUAAAUACUCAACAAUUAUUAUUUAAAUAUAUUUCAAUUGAGAGCUUCCAUAAUAAUAAAUGAUCUAAAAGUUAAAAAAAAAUUUUCCAAACAUGGAUGAAAUGAAAGAAAAUAUAGUUGACGAUUUAAAUGAAAAAAUGAUAAUUAAAAAUAGUGAACCUCUAAUACCAAAGAUAGAAAAAAAUACAAAUUCUAAUUAUAAUAUACGAAAAUCAAUAGAAGACAAUUUAUUGGAUCGCUUGUCAAUUGCAAUUUUAAAACAAAAACAAAGUGAACAGUCAAUUAAUGCCACAUGGUCUUCUGCAAUUCAGGAAAAUUUUAUAAUUGACGAUUCAUUAAAAGAUAUACAAUUGCCAAAGCACGUUGAAGAAAAUAUCAAAGGAAUCUCACAAUCUGCGACAGAAUAUAUUAAUAAACUUGAAGAACAAUUACAAGAUCUUGACAGCGCGGAUAAUCAAAUAAUUAAUAGUGCGAAAAAAACUUUAGAAGAUGUGGAUGAAUCAUAUCAAGCAUUAAUAAACGAAGUUUGUCAGCAAAUAAAUCGUAAACGUGAUCUGAUUAGAUUGGAAACUGAAGUUUAUAAAAAUGAAGGAUUAGCACCAUUAAGAGCGUGUCGACAGGAAGUAAAAGCACAAAUUCGAAGUACACAACAUCUAAUUAAUUUAGUUCAUACAAUGCUCAAUUAUCCUCAUACAUUUAAUAGACAAAAAUUUGAAGAACUCACUGUCGCUAGCAGCAAUUUGGGAAGACAUUGUAUUUUUAGAAUACCUGCAGUACCAAUGCCGGAAGAAGUUCCCUGUAUAACGUUUUGUCAACCUUCAAAUGAAGCCAAAGAAAGAAUUUUAUCAACAAUCUCAGAAUUGGGAUGUGUUUCAAAAAUGGGCCCAGUGCAAUUUUUAGAUAUCGAAGAAAGACCAGCGAGUCUUUAUGUUAAAUGGCAUAUUGUCGAUGCGGAAUAUUUAGGCGAAGAACACAAUUUUAUUGUUCAAAAAGCAAUUUCUAAUUCAACUUUACAUAAUUUUGAGACAAUAUACGAAGGUAUUGAUUGUUCCUGUUUUGUUAAAGACUUGCCAAUUAACGAGCCAAUUAUCCUGAGAGUGGGAAUACAAGCCGAUUAUAAUGUUUGGAGUGUUCCUCGAACUGUUAAGACUUCAUUACCAUCCUACAAUUGGGAAAUAAUAAAUAAAAAUUAUAUGAUUACAAAUGAGGGAAAAAUCACAGCUAAAGUUACUGACAAAAUUAGUACAAUUUUCUCUCAGAGCGCUCAAUUUGAUGCAGAACAUGUCAUUGAGUUUAAGUUUUUAGAAACAUCAACAGAUGCAAAUUGUAAUGAGGGAAUUGCCCUAGUGUCAAAUAAUUUCGGAAUGGAAGACGAUCUUAAAAGAAAAGGAAGCUUAUUAAUAACAACACAAGGUAAAAUUUUUAUGGACGGCGAGGAGAAACUUAUGAGAUUGCCUAAAAUACAUUUUGGUACACGAAUUUCAUUCUCAGCAUUUCGUAAAGAUGAAGAAUCUUUACGAAUUACUAUCGAAAAUGCCGAUAAAGCUGUAACUUACGAUUGGAUCGUACAAACGCCUCUUUAUUUUGCCGCGCGAUUCGCCGAGUCCAAUAAAUGGAAUAUUAUCGUUAAAUAAACAAAUAUAUAUUAUAUAUAUUAAAAAAACAAAAUUUGUUAACUUAUAAUAUUUAUACUCAUGUUUAAAAGUGCCUUAUAUUUACAAACACUGUCAAUAAUUAAUUUGUAAUAAUAAAAAAUUGUUUGUUAA